AUGUCGAACUUCUAUGAAGAAAGGGCAACGAUGAUUGCAGCCGGGGAUUUGCAGGAAUUUGUUCCUUUUGGUCGAGACCACUGCAAGCACCACCCUAAUGCUUUGAACCUUCAACUUCGCCAGCUGCAGCCAGCCUCUGAGUUAUGGUCUUCUGAUGGUGCUGCUGGCUUGGUGGGAUCCCUUCAGGAGGUUACAAUCCACGAGAAACAGAAGGAAAGCUGGCAGUUAAGGAAAGGCGUCAGUGAAAUUGGGGAAGAAGUGGAUUAUGAUGAGGAACUCUAUGUGGCUGGAAAUAUGGUGAUCUGGAGCAAAGGAAGUAAAAGCCAGGCAUUGGCUGUUUAUAAAGCGUUUACAGUUGACAGUCCUGUUCAACAGGCAUUGUGGUGUGACUUCAUCAUAUCACAGGAUAAGUCUGAGAAGGCCUACAGUAGUGAUGAAGUAGAAAAAUGCAUAUGUAUAUUGCAAAGCUCAUGUAUUAACAUGCAUAGCAUAGAAGGAAAGGAUUACAUAGCUUCUUUACCUUUCCAGGUUGCAAAUGUUUGGCCCACCAAAUAUGGAUUGUUGUUUGAACGAAGCAGUUCUACACAUGAGGUACCUCCAGGUCCACCCAGAGAACCUUUACCCACUAUGUUCAGCAUGCUGCAUCCACUAGAUGAAAUAACCCCACUUGUUUGUAAAUCUGGAAGUCUUUUUGGUUCAUCAAGGGUGCAAUAUGUUGUAGAUCAUGCAAUGAAAAUUGUUUUUCUCAACACUGACCCCUCCAUUAUAAUGACCUAUGACACUGUUCAAUGUUUGCAUUCUGUGUGGGCUCUCCGGAGAGUCAAAACAGAGGAAGAGAAUGUUGUCUUAAAGUUCUCUGAACAGGGGGGAACCCCACAGAAUGUGGCCAGUAGUAGCUCCCUCACAGCACACCUCAGAAGCCUCUCCAAAGGAGAUUCCCCCGUGGCUUCACCUUUCCAGAAUUACUCCUCCAUUCACAGUCAGAGUCGCUCGACCUCCUCACCCAGUCUACACUCUCGUUCACCUUCUAUUUCCAACAUGGCAGCUCUAAGUCGUGCUCAUUCUCCCGCCUUAGGAGUGCACUCUUUCUCAGGGGUGCAGAGGUUCAACCUUUCAAGCCAUAAUCAGUCUCCAAAGAGACAUAGUAUUUCUCAUUCUCCAAAUAGUAAUUCUAAUGGCUCCUUCCUUGCACCAGAAACAGAGCCAAUUGUUCCUGAGCUUUGUAUUGACCAUUUAUGGACAGAAACGAUUACUAAUAUAAGAGAGAAAAAUUCACAGGCCUCAAAAGUGUUUAUUACAUCUGACCUAUGUGGGCAGAAGUUCCUGUGCUUUUUAGUGGAGUCUGAGCUCCAGCUGCGCUGUGUAAAGUUUCAAGAGAGUAAUGAUAAAACUCAGCUCAUCUUUGGCUCCAUCACCAACAUACAUGCAAAGGAUGCAGCGCCAGUGGAGAAGAUAGAUACCAUGCUGGUCCUUGAAGGCAGUGGAAACCUGGUGCUGUACACAGGAGUGGUUCGGGUGGGAAAGGUUUUUAUUCCUGGACUGCCAGCCCCCUCCCUGACAAUGUCUGCCACGAUGCCUCGGCCCAGCACUCCACUUGACAGUGUUGGUACUCCUAAGCCUCUUAGUAAACUACUUGGAUCCUUGGAUGAGGUGGUUCUAUUCUCCCCAGUUCCAGAACUAAGGGAUUCUUCAAAACUUCAUGAUUCUUUCUAUAAUGAGGAUUGUACUUUCCAGCAGCUUGGAACUUAUAUUCAUUCUAUAAGAGAUCCUGUCCGUAACAGAGUAACUCUGGAAUUGAGUAAUGGCUCCAUGGUUAGGAUCACUAUUCCUGAAAUUGCCACCUCUGAAUUAGUGCAAACAUGUUUGCAAGCAAUUAAGUUUAUCCUGCCAAAGGAAAUAGCUGUUCAGAUGCUUGUCAAGUGGUACAGUGUCCACAGUGCUCCGGGAGGACCCAGUUAUCAUUCCGAGUGGAAUUUAUUUGUGACUUGUCUCAUGAACAUGAUGGGUUAUAACACAGACCGCUUAGCAUGGACCCGAAAUUUUGACUUUGAAGGAUCACUUUCCCCAGUCAUUGCACCCAAAAAAGCAAGGCCUUCUGAGACAGGAUCUGAUGAUGACUGGGAGUAUUUACUAAAUUCAGACUACCACCAGAAUGUUGAGUCUCAUCUUUUGAAUAGAUCUUUAUGUUUAAGUCCUUUGGAAGUUUCACAGAUGAAGGAUGAGGAUUUUUCACAGAAUCUCAUUCUGGAUUCUUCUACACUUCUGUUUACUCAUAUACCUGCAAUAUUUUUUGUUCUUCACCUUGUCUAUGAGGAGCUUAAGUUGAAUACUCUAAUGGGAGAAGGAAUUCGUUCACUUGUUGGCCUUCUUGUUCAGUUGGCAAGGGAUUUAAAAUUGGAGCCUUAUGUAGAUCAUUACUAUAGAGAUUACCCAACACUUGUCAGAACCACUGGACAAGUGUGCACAAUUGAUCAAGGUCAAACAGGAUUUAUGCAUCAUCCAUCAUUUUUUACUUCUGAGCCACCAAGUAUUUAUCAGUGGGUGAGUUCUUGUUUGAAGGGUGAAGGAAUGCCGCCCUAUCCUUACCUUCCUGGAAUCUGUGAAAGAAGCAGACUGGUAGUCUUGGUGCUCUCAUCAGAUGUUCCUUCAGGAACAGAAACAGAGGAGGAAGAUGAUGGCAUGAAUGACAUGAAUCAGGAGGUUAUGUCGUUAAUAUGGAGUGAAGAUUUAAGAGUGCAGGACGUGCGAAGGCUUCUUCAAAGUGCACAUCCCGUCCGUGUCAAUGUAGUACAGUACCCAGAACUCAGUGACCACGAGUUCAUUGAGGAAAAAGAAAACAGAUUGCUCCAGUUGUGUCAGCGAACUAUGGCCCUUCCAGUAGGACGAGGAAUGUUUACCUUAUUUUCAUACCAUCCUGUUCCAACGGAACCACUGCCUAUUCCCAAAUUGAAUUUGACUGGACGGGCCCCUCCUCGGAACACAACGGUAGACCUUAACAGUGGAAAUAUCGAUGUGCCUCCCAACAUGACAAGCUGGGCCAGCUUCCACAAUGGUGUGGCUGCUGGCCUGAAGAUAGCUCCUGCCUCCCAGAUUGACUCAGCUUGGAUUGUUUACAAUAAGCCCAAGCAUGCCGAGUUAGCCAAUGAAUAUGCUGGCUUUCUCAUGGCCCUGGGUCUGAAUGGGCACCUUACCAAGCUGGCUACUCUCAAUAUCCAUGACUACUUGACUAAGGGUCAUGAAAUGACAAGCAUUGGACUGCUCCUUGGUGUUUCUGCUGCUAAACUAGGCACCAUGGAUAUGUCAAUUACUCGGCUUCUUAGCAUUCACAUUCCUGCCCUCUUACCCCCAACGUCCACGGAGCUUGAUGUUCCUCACAAUGUCCAAGUGGCUGCAGUGGUUGGCAUUGGCCUCGUAUAUCAAGGGACAGCUCACAGGCAUACGGCGGAAGUCCUUUUGGCUGAAAUAGGACGGCCCCCUGGUCCUGAAAUGGAAUACUGCACUGACAGGGAGUCUUACUCUUUAGCUGCCGGCUUGGCUCUGGGCAUGGUUUGCUUGGGGCAUGGCAGUAAUUUGAUAGGUAUGUCUGAUCUCAAUGUGCCUGAGCAGCUUUAUCAGUACAUGGUUGGAGGUCAUAGGCGCUUUCAAGCAGGAAUGCAUAGGGAGAAGCAUAAAUCUCCAAGUUAUCAAAUCAAAGAAGGAGAUACCAUAAAUGUGGAUGUAACUUGUCCAGGUGCCACUCUAGCUUUGGCUAUGAUCUACUUAAAAACCAAUAACAGAUCUAUUGCAGAUUGGCUUCGUGCUCCUGACACCAUGUAUUUGCUAGACUUUGUGAAGCCAGAAUUUCUCUUGCUUAGGACACUUGCUCGAUGCCUGAUUCUGUGGGAUGAUAUUUUACCAAAUUCCAAGUGGGUUGAUAGCAACGUUCCUCAAAUUAUAAGAGAAAAUAGUAUCUCUCUCAGUGAAAUUGAAUUGCCUUGCUCAGAGGAUUUGAAUUUGGAAACUUUGUCGCAAGCACAUGUCUACAUAAUUGCAGGAGCCUGUUUGUCUCUGGGUUUUCGAUUUGCUGGCUCAGAAAACUUAUCAGCGUUUAAUUGUUUGCAUAAAUUCGCAAAAGAUUUUAUGACUUAUUUGUCUGCACCUAAUGCUUCUGUAACAGGUCCGUACAACCUGGAAACGUGCCUGAGUGUGGUGCUGCUCUCUCUUGCCAUGGUAAUGGCCGGCUCGGGGAACCUAAAGGUUUUGCAGCUUUGUCGCUUCUUACACAUGAAAACAGGUGGUGAGAUGAACUAUGGUUUCCACUUAGCCCAUCACAUGGCCCUUGGACUUCUCUUUCUGGGAGGAGGAAGGUACUCUUUGAGUACGUCAAACUCUUCCAUUGCAGCUCUCCUCUGUGCCCUUUACCCGCACUUCCCGGCUCACAGCACUGAUAACCGGUAUCAUCUCCAGGCUCUGCGGCACCUGUAUGUGCUGGCUGCAGAACCAAGGCUUCUAGUGCCUGUGGAUGUGGACACAAACAUGCCCUGCUAUGCCCUUUUAGAAGUUACCUAUAAGGGUACUCAGUGGUAUGAACAAACCAAAGAAGAAUUGAUGGCUCCUACCCUUCUUCCAGAACUCCACCUCUUAAAGCAGAUUAAAGUAAAAGGCCCACGAUACUGGGAACUGCUCAUAGAUUUAAGCAAGGGAACACAACACUUGAAAUCAAUCCUUUCUAAGGAUGGAGUUCUGUAUGUUAAGCUCAGAGCAGGUCAGCUCUCCUAUAAGGAAGAUCCAAUGGGGUGGCAAAGUUUGUUGGCCCAGACUGUGGCCAACAGGAACUCUGAAGCUCGGGCUUUCAAGCCAGAAACAAUUUCAGCAUUCACUUCUGAUCCAGCACUUCUGUCAUUUGCUGAAUAUUUCUGUAAACCAACUGUGAAUAUGGGUCAGAAACAGGAAAUUCUGGAUCUGUUUUCUUCAGUACUGUAUGAAUGUGUUACUCAGGAGACCCCAGAGAUGUUGCCUGCAUACAUAGCAAUGGAUCAGGCUAUGAGAAGACUAGGAAGAAGAGAAAUGUCUGAGACAUCUGAACUUUGGCAGAUAAAGUUGGUGUUAGAGUUUUUCAGCUCCAGGAGCCACCAGGAGCGGCUACAGAACCACCCUAAGCGGGGGCUCUUUAUGAACUCUGAGUUCCUCCCUGUUGUAAAAUGCACUAUUGAUAAUACUCUGGACCAGUGGCUACAAGCUGGGGGUGAUAUGUGUGUGCACGCCUACCUCAGUGGGCAGCCCUUUGAGGAAUCUCAGCUGAGCAUGCUGGCUUGUUUCCUCGUCUACCACUCAGUACCAGCUCCAUGGCACCUGCCAUCUAUAGGACUAGAAGGGAGCACAAGCUUUGCUGAACUCCUCUUCAAAUUUAAACAGCUGAAAAUGCCAGUGCGAGCUUUGCUAAGAUUGGCUCCUUUGCUUCUUGGAAGUCCACAGCCAAUGGUUAUGUGAUCAGCUCUGGUGGUAAACCUACCCUGAAACGUGACUUCUGUACAAAAACAAUGACCCAACAACAAAGCUAAAGAAACAUUUCUAAGUUUUAUAAUAUAACUAGGGGGAAAUGAGCUGCACAAACCUCAGUGUAUUUUAAAAUCCAAGUGUUUUAAAUAUUCCAGAGGCUCUGUUUCUGUCAGCAUUAACAUUAUAUGAUAUAUAGAAGUGAGUUAAAAUUUACUUUUGUAAAUAAAGUUUUUUGGUUUGUUUUCAAAA